GAUGGUGGGCGGCUCGACAUGGCUUUGAACAGCCCUCGACCGAAGGUGACGCUUGGAUCCUUGCAUUCUCGUCAGAUGCAAGCUGUGGAACCAACCACUGUAUUGUAAGGGAUAGCGAGUUGAAGGAAUGUUCGAUAGGCCAACAUGGGCAAAGCCGCUCAAGCCGCAGCCACUUUAGUUUUUCCGUCUGUGAUUCCACGAUGCGACGCCACAUUCGGACCCACUCAUCUCGUGGGACAGCGGGGGUACGUCAUUAAGGGUUUUCUUCCUUCCCGUGCUGCAGAUUGCCGGGCUGAGGCUGUCAGAAGCUGCUCGGCUUGGCUGGACGCUUUGCAGUGCGCUCCAGCCCCGCGCAGGCAAACCUUCCGAUGGCUGAUGAGUGACCAAUAAAUCCUGGAGGCGUCACUGAAACCACGGCUUGAGUGCCAUUCGCAAUUUUGAUUGAUUCCAACUGGAAGCUCCAU